CACCAAAGCUUACGGACCCCCAAGAAAACUAUUUCGGGAGAAAUAGCUGAGCAGUCCCACUUCCUUCCUUUCUCAUCACCACCUGACCCCUAUUUUCAACUAUAGUGGAGCCAGCAGGAGUCAGACCUGAGCCAGUUGCCAAACUCUGGAGGAAGACUUUCAGUUUCCUGAGAAGUGGACUGGACUUCCCAAAGCAGAACGUGGGGGUCAGGCGGGGCGUGUUUCAGAAGGCAUCUGCACUCCUAUCUAGCCUGACCUCGCAGAGACACAAGCAAAGGGUGACAGAAGACCCAAGAUUUGGGAGGCUGCUGUUCACACCCCAGCAGUGACAGCCCCAGUUUCAUCUCCAUCUUGCUUCCGAGUCAUGCGCUGGUGGGGUCUGUUCCUUCUCCUAGACCUCACCAGAGCCAGUGAAGCAGAUGCUGGGGAUGACCCCUUCCUGAAAUGCUUCCUGGAUCCAGACUACAGGGAGCUAAUGGACAUUGUGAGCCACGGUCUCAACCAGACGACGCGGCCCCAGCGGGUGGUGGUGGUGGGGGCCGGCAUAGCCGGGCUGGUGGCAGCCAAGGUGCUGGAGGAUGCUGGACACAAGGUAACUCUGCUGGAGGCCAGCGACAGAAUCGGGGGACGGAUUCUGACAUACAGAGAUGAAAAGACAGGCUGGCUAGGAGAACUGGGGGCCAUGAGGAUACCAUCCAACCACAGGAUUCUCCUAAAGCUCUGUACCCGCCUAGGCCUCCCCCUGGCUCAAUUCAUUCAGUCUGACAUGAACGCGUGGACUGAGGUGAAUGGGGUAAAGCUACGGAACUUCGUGGUCGAGGCAGCGCCCGAGAAGCUGGGCUACCCCCUGCAGCCCUCUGAGCAAGGCCGGUCACCAGGGGCCAUUUACCAGAUGGCCCUAGAUAAGGCCCUCUAUGACCUCAAGCACCUGGGCUGCUCCCGGAUGAUAAAGAAAUUUGAAAGCUACACCCUUCUGGACUACCUCCUAGGAGAAGGGAACCUGAGUUUGGCCGCCGUCCACCUCCUGGGAGACGUGCUGGCCGAGGACGGCUUCUUUUCCCUGAACUUCGCGGAGGCCUUGCGGGCCCACAGUCACCUCAACGACAAGCUCAGGUACUGGCGCAUCCGCAACGGCUGGGACCAGCUGCCCCGCGCCCUCCUGCUUUCCCUGAGGGGCCCGGUCCUGCUACAAGCCCCUGUGGUCCAGGUGUCCCAGAAUCGGAAAGGCGCCUCCAUCCUCUACCGUGACCCCCGGCAGCCCUCACGCCUGCUGUCCCUGGCCGCUGACCGCAUCCUGCUGGCCACCACCGCCACAGCCCUGAGCCACAUUGAUUUCCAGCCACCACUCCACCCUGCCCUCCGCCGGGCACUCCGCAACACCCACUAUGUUCCAGCUACCAAGAUCUUCCUCAGCUUCCGGAAGCCCUUCUGGGAGGACGAGGGCAUCGUGGGCGGCCACUCGGCCACUGACCGCCCAAUCCGUGCUCUCUACUACCCUCAAGGCGAUGGGGGGGAAGCCGGUGGCCUCCUCCUCGCAUCCUACACGUGGUCAGACGCCACGGCGGCCUUCACAGGCCUGGGGGAGGACGAGACCCUGCGCCUGGUGCUGCGGGAUGUCGUUGCCCUCCACGGGGAGAAGGUACGGGAGCUCUGGGACGGGCGAGGAGCCGUGAUGCGCUGGGGGGAGGACCGCUACAGCCAGGGCGGCUUUGUGAUGCAGACCCCGCAGCCCAGGCCUGAGCAGGAAAAGCCUUGGCACUGGGACUGGACACAGCCUGAGGGCCGCCUGCACUUUGCUGGGGAAUACACGGCCUUCCCCCACGGAUGGGUGGAGACAGCCAUCAAGUCAGGGCUACGAGCAGCCCAGAAGAUACACAGGGCUACCUAGGGGCCCUAGGGCAGGCCCCUUUAUGUCCACAAGGCCCAGGAGCCUCCCUCAAUCAGUAGCCCCCUGCCAGGGCUGCAGGGGGGUCAGAAGGCCCUGCCUCCACUGGGCCCCUGCUCAGCCAGGGUGGUAGAGGCGCCAGAAGGUCCUGCCUCCACUGGGCCCCUGCUCAGCCAGGGAGGCGGGGGG